GGUCAGACUGUCUGAGUAAGCUGGGCAGAAUCCCAACGAUAUUCUGGAAAAAGUUGCUACCGCUGCUCUUCAACUCGCUGACGACAGGAAAAGAGGCAGAGGACGUGCUGGUCGAGAUGUCGCGAGUACUGUCCGAAACAAAGGAAGCUAUUCCGUUAUUAACGUACUACGACAUCUUGAAGCGGCUGACUUUCUCUGCCGUAGACCGGGUAAACCGGCCGCACCUAAGGAAGAUCAUCCAGAGCAACCUGAAUCCCCUGGGGCCCACUGGCGGAAUAAACACGAUGGGCGUCACCGGUGUGAAAGUCAGCCCGCUGCGUGGCAUGCUCGGUAUCGUUCCGAAGGUGUCCCUGCCACCCGAUGUGGGCCGCAACCUGGCAGAGUGCCUCUUGGUCGAGUUUGCAGAGGAAAUGGAGCGUGCGGGACAGCAGGGCAGAACCGACCAGGCGCAGUGUCAGCGGUGCGAUGUCAUCGCAGAUAAGCUAAAGAUAGCGCCAGCAGAGCCGAACUGCAUCGACGAAAUCGUGAUAGAAUGCGACCUGAACUCCACGGCCCUGCCAAAAGCAAAAGCCCAAGAUCUUGUGUAUUUCAGUCUCAAUGCGAAUCCUGCAGCGGGACGGGCAAGUUCAACUUUUCUGUUUGCUAUCGUGUUGCGCACGAUCAAGGCGCGCCCUUCGAGUUUUGGCGAAGAUAAUAACGAUUUUGGCAGUGCUUACGCUGCUGCUGCGAAGAUUCUGAAGGUGACACUGAAGCCGGUCCUGCAUGAGCAUUGCGCCUCGCGUUUUCAUUGCGCUAGAGGACAUCAACAUGAAGCCGAUAUCGUGAUAAUGCAAGACUGUGUGUGGCACGUUGUGCAAAAGCAGCUGGACGGCGUUGGAGAACUCUUCUGUGGGGCCACCAGCGGUCCCGACUUUAACUCGUCGCCAGUCUUGUGCAGGGCUUUCUGUUCGUCGACACAAAAAGACACCCGCGCCGAAGAAAAUAAGUCCGCGGGAGCUGAAGCAGCACUCUCAGCUCCAUCGCUAGAUUCUCAGCAAUCGCCCGUGCGCAGCCAAGUGGAACAAGCACAUUCCGUGCCACCAGGUGCCUCCAGGCCCGUCGACGUUUCGGAAGCGGAAAAGCUUUCUGCAGAAGAUCGCGCUUGCUCGGAUUCCGUUUCCGACCUCCAGACACAACAGAAAAAUCUUCGAGCAGAUGCUGAUGGUUUUGCUCAGCCUCAGCCUCCUGCACCAGGGCAAGGUCAAAGUAAAGAUGAACGUGGGGAGCAUGUCCUGCUGCAGAGCAACGAGGAUGCUGAAUGUCACUUACAGUAUGAAAAGAUGUUGCAUCUGUUAGCCUCCAGCAAGACACAAGCUGCAGCAUUUGAAGAAGUUGCGAAAAAGCGAAGCGCGGUCGUUGCAGUGGUGGGACCCCCGGGAACUGGCAAAACCUUUUGGGCUUCUGCCUGUAUUGAGUAUCUCCUUCGCGAAGCCAAGAUCAAGCGCCAGCCUCACAUUAUUAGGGUGGUUGCGGAGACCAACGACGCCGUCAGUUCCUUCUCAAGCGCCCUAAGGCGCCGUGAGAUCGCACACGUUCGCUUUGCUGGAUACCGGGUCGGGAGUUCGGUAUACUAUUCGCUUUUUCUAUCUUUUCUUCUUCGCUUUUUCUAUCUUUUCAGUUCAAUUCUACGACCUCAUUCUCCUGUAGAUUGAGAAGAGGUUUGCAAAAAAACUACGACUACCAACUGCCUUCAUGUAGUCAAAUAAAAAAAGCUCAUACCAAGAAAAAUUAAAACAGGAAGAUCCGCUGAAACAUGUAUUCGACCAGCAAAAGUUGUGGAGGAACUUCCUAACGGAUCCCAACCAUCCGCUCGGCUUUGUGCAGCACCAAGCCUCUUUCCAAUACAGUCCAUGGGUUAAUGACGCCGUGGACUGCUUGUCGAAAAUUGUCAGCAAGUACGAGGCUUUCCGGGCCGCGACCUUUCAGCAGAAUGAGAAUACGACCAAGAACGAUGGAGAAGGUUCCCCGGCUACCGCCAAAAUGGGCAUCAGCCAAUUGGAACGCGUAGAGGAAGAAUUGAGAAAAUGCCUCAUUGACUUCGUCGACGCGGUCUGUAAACUUGGUGCGCCAGUGCUUGUUACCGCUGCGCGCUGCUACCGCGACGAGUUCAAAGUGCCGGCGCGGGAUCGUAGCGCCGAGAGUGUGCUUACUCUGAUUUUUGAUGAAGCAGCAAAAAGCACGGAACUGAUUCCGGCCUUCGUGUUGUCGCAGUACAAAUCGGCGGACCAUCUCAUCAUGAUGGGAGACCACAAGCAAGGCCGCCCACAUGUCACUACCGACGAAGCAAAACGACGCGGCUUCGAUGUUUCGUUGUUUGAAAAGCUGAUUGACCGGAAAGUCGUGCAGCCAAUUCAAUUUGAGCAGCAGCACCGCAUGCAUUCAUCCCUGUCUGCUUGGUGGAGCAGCUCUUUCUACCAGGGUCAGGUGCUCAAUGGCAGAAGCGACGACUGUUUUCCGGUAGUUGCAGGGUUUCCGUGGGUCCGGUACCAGGGGUGUCGCGAUGAUCACUUUCGGGCGGCUUUCGUCGAUUUGGAUAAGCUCUUUGUCAGUGGAACCAGCACAGGCGAGACUCGACACCAGAAAACCUCCAGCUGGAAAAACAAUACCGAAGCAGACUGGAUUUGCAAUUCGCUGCUGGUACACCUAGCCAAGAAGCACGCUCCUUGCAACGCUGCAGCUACACCGUCCUCGUCCAGCACCUCAUCAUCUUCUACCUUUUUACCGGUGCCUCCCGUGGCUGGCACCGGAAAGCAUGCCAAGCUCAGCGUUUGUGUACUCUCCUCCUACACCGGGCAAGUGGAACAUAUUCGCCGCACCCUUGCGAACAGUAGAGAUAAAGCACUUCUCCACGACUCGCUGGACUUGGACGUCAGAACCGUUGACGGCUACCAAGGCCGUGAGGCCGACCUUGUGAUCUUCAGCUUCGUCCGCACCUCCUCACAAGGCUUUCAGGAUUCGCGGGAGCGCACCAACGUUGCACUGACACGUGCCAAGCGUGGCCUGAUUGUGGUCGGAUCGGGGCAGGUGCUUCGGGGAAAACGAAGCGGCGAAAGCGCUAAGGUUGUCGGCGGGGAGGAAGCCCUCGCCACGUGGCAAUCUUGGCAUGUGUGGAUCAACACAAACCGAGCGAAUUUCUCCCACUCCGAUCUGCUAUACUACUUCGCGUUCGCAGCUAACGGAGACGAAAAACAAGAAAGCGCAAAGCUGAUGACUCGGUACACCGCGCACCCAGACGAUGCACACGAAAUUGAAAAGGACGCUGGUGCUACCAAGGACCCUGAGACUCAGGCUCUCGUCGGUUCGACGACGCUCGAAGAGUAUUUAUUUUUUUUCUUCUGGUUCUGCAUCUGCUUCUGCAAUUUAUUUUCUUUUUUGCCUAUUUGCUCAGAUACAGAUUCUGUAUUCCUACGUUAUGCAUUUUCGUAUUCAGGGCCGUGCAGAAGAAGCUGGACUGGAUCAACAAGAUGCGGCAACACGGCUCGCGCGACCAGUCGCUUCGCGUCAAGAUUCUCAACAAGCCGUUUACGUUGGUGCUGCCGAAUCAAAAGCACCAGACGGAAAUUCGCCCCUUCUCGCUGGUAUUGAAUGCCAAGCGACCGGAUGACGAAGAGGACGAUGCUUGGGUAGGGACCAUCGACACAGCACCCAGCGCCGGACAAGUGCGAAUUCCGGAAGAGUAUUUGUCUGGUGGCAAAGAGGUGGGGAAAAUAGAAAGCGAGCUUCUAAAAAAUCCAACUCGGGACGCUCGAUGAAACGAGGGCUGUCGACUGUUGCUGGACCCAACUGCACGUACGAAGAUGAACGAGUCAAAGGUCGACCUUGCAAAUGGCAGAUACUAUGCUACUCUUGGUGGUGCAGGUGCUAGCACCAGGUCCAAGACUAACCGCUAGAAGUAGAAACCAAUUUAGCAACAUUUACUCAUUUUUCUUUUUCAUCAUAUACAUAUGCAUAAAUAUCGCCUUUCAUUCAUAUCGUCCCCACCAAGUACAAAAAGCAUUUAUUCAUGUUAUCCCCACCAAUGGUACGAGAAGAAGAAGCGUCAUUGCCAUGACGUGCCACAUGAUGAGAAUUUGUUAUUUGGUAGCUGAACCAGGAGAAAAACAAAGAUGAACGUAACGCGUCGAUCCUGAUUCAGGUAAUGAACUACUUGGUAGAAGGACGAAAGUUUUCAUUUUUUCCUAUGACGUCCUACUGCCCUUAGCGCACCAGGAAGUCAAGCAGUCUAAAGGCAAGGAGAAAGAUAAAGAUUGGUUUCGUUGCAGUUCGUUACGGCUUUAGUGAUCUACAAAAGCCUGAACUUCA